AUGAGAAGAAUCCUAUCAACUGCACUUUUGAGCGCCCUAUUCGCUGCUACUUCAGCAAGAGAUGCCUCUGAAUGGAAAUCAAGAUCUGUCUAUCAAUUAGUUACAGACAGAUUUGCAAGGGGAAAUGGGGACAAGUCAAACUGCGACUUAAACCGUCAGCCAUAUUACUGCGGUGGAGAUUUCAAGGGAAUCAUCAAUAAUCUUAAAUACAUCAAGGAUCUCGGAUUCGAUGCCAUUUGGAUCUCUCCAGUUGUUGACAAUACUGAUAAUGGGUUCCAUGGUUAUUGGGCAAGAAACUGGGCCAGAAUCAACGAUCACUUUGGAGGUGAACAAGGUCUCAAAGAUCUCGUCUCUGCUGCUCAUAGCAUGGACAUCUGGGUUAUGGUUGAUGUAGUUGGUAAUCAUGUAGGUCCUGUUGGCUUUGAUUACUCAUCAAUCUCACCAUUUAACUCUGGCGAUCACUAUCAUGAUAAUUGUGACAUUAAGGAUUGGGGCAAUUAAUGGCAAGUCGAAAACUGCAGACUUGCUGGUCUUCCAGAUUUGAAACAUGAAAAUCAAUGGGUAAGAGACCAACUUAAGAGCUGGAUUAGUAAUCUAGUUCAAACAUAUGGCUUUGAUGGUAUCAGAAUCGACACCAUCCCAGAAGUACCUAAAGAUUUCUGGAGCGAGUUCGGACAAUCAGCUGGUGUGUUCCAGAUGGGAGAAUGCUUCAAUGGAUUCUCUGGUUACGUUGGUGACUACCAAAACCAUGUGACUGCACUCUUCAACUAUCCAAUGUACUACUCAAUCAGAGAUGCCUUUGCCUACGGCAAAUCAAUGACUGUCAUUAGAGACAGAUGGAACGAAGAGCAAAAAUACUUCAAGGACAUUGAUGCUCUAGGUAUCUUCGUCGAUAACCAUGAUAACCCAAGAUUCCUCAAUGGAAACGGAGAGCACAAAGUCUUCAAGAGUGCACUCGCCUUCGCAUUAACAGCAAGAGGUAUUCCCUUCUUCUAUUAUGGUAGUGAGCAAGGAUUUGCCGGUGGCCAAGAUCCAUACAACAGAGAAGCUCUUUGGAACAACUUGGACGAGACCAGUGAAAUCUACACAUUCGUUUCAACCAUUAUGAGAGCAAGAAAAGCUCAUCAAAUCUGGAACAGCGCCUUCAACGAGAAAUAUGUUGAUGACCAAUUUUACGGUUUCAGCAGAGGUGAUAUGUUUGUUGCCUUAACCAACCAAGCCAAAGGUGAGGUUCACAGAGAAGUACCAAACUCAGGUUUCUCAGAGGGUCAAACUGUUUGCAACAUUUUCUACUCCACUGACUGUGUUGUCAUUAAGAACGGUAACUUGCCAGUUUACCUAGAAAACGGAGAAGCUAAAAUUUUUGUCCCCAAGGGCAGCGCCUUUUUCUCAGCUCAAAAGGAAGUCACUAUGACUCAAUGA